AUGUUUGAAAGUUCUUCUGCGACAAUAUCUAAUACUAGGUCAAUAAUUGAUAUCAUCGCCGAUGAUAUCGAAUUUUCAGUUAAAUCUGAUACUAGUACCACCUAUAAUGAUAUUCAUGAAAACCAAAAAAAAAGACAACCAGAUUACAAAAAUAAAACAGUUAUUAAUUUAGACAAAGAAGAUCAUCAAUCCAAGAGAAGAAA